AGACGCCAGUCGAGUUCUUGAAACGCCUCGUGAAGACAUGUCAUUCCUGGCGGCAACCAUGGUCCAUCGUUCUCCUACAUGCAUUCCACCAGUCUCAACACCCAGCCGUGGGUCUUUGGAACAACCAUCACCAAGCGAAUCCGAUAUGUCGACCUCCACUACGUGGGAAGACGAGAUCACGCCGAGCGAGGGGAACAUGGAAACGAAAAACGACGACGUUUCGAUCGAUCGAGCGUACCACGUAGCCAGCCUCGCUCGUGCUCGACUGCAGCGUGUCAUCGAACGACCCGAUCAUGAUCUCCGACUGUUGAUAGGCCAUGCCAACCUCCUGGAUCACCUCAUGGAGAAAAUAGAGGAGAUCGAGCCGGGGUUCACAUUCGAACGUCUAGAGGAAAUGCACCUGGAAGCUCUGACCCCGAGUCCAUCAUUACCCAACAAGCCUCUCCGCCGGAGCCCCAUUGAAGAUGUCCUGCAACGCAUAGACUGGUCGGAAGAUGACGACGAGGAUGAAUUUCUGGACGAUGAAGUCUACGAUGAGUCGGACGACGAGCUGGAAGAGCCGCAGAAAGAAGUCUUUGAUGAUGUGAAAGUGACAGUGACACCUGUGGUGCUGUGCCAUGAGCGAGCGAAAGGCGUGGUGCGGAAGCCCAGAAAACAUGAUCCCUUUGGCCGUGUCAUACCGUUCCUGGAAAGGCUCCUGAAGACAUCUACCAUUCUGUCCCAAAGCAGCUCCAAUUGCCAUCAUCGCUGAUGAUGAUAUCGAGUAGCCUUCCUCGAUCAUCCAUCAUUGUCUGCCCAGGUCCAAGACAGAAGAUCCAGCUGAACGUUACACGUCCAAGGCAUCGGAGUCUAGGCACUCGAGAGAGUAUCUUGACCUUACCGAUCCGGUAACAACAAAAGCAAAAGAAGUGCCAAGAAGUAGACCUCAGACUAGUCUCUGCUGCUGCCAACAGCCCUCCCAAACCAGGAAAGUUUGAAACUGAGCGCCACUGUUCCGAACCAAGCACUCCCACCAGCGAAAAGCUACGAGAGCUUCCAAGGGCCUUCAUCAUCAUCAUCAUCAUCAUCCACAACCUCUACGCAAGAUCCCUUCUACAGGGGUGGCGGACGUAUGGAUUUUUUUUUCUCCUCCCCAAACGCAGGGCAAGAUUCAAUUCUGGUCAGAUGGCAGGAUGAAUUGAAGCUGCUACAACUCUGCUACGACGUUGCAACGAAAUAUCGAGUUUGGGAAGGCGGCGGCAACAAUAACAAUAACACAAGAUGAUCAUCUCUAUCUCUACUUUACUACAAGUACCACAUACAGGGCUUUUGCAAGGCUGAGGAAGCUCGAGACUCUCUGGCCUCUUGUCUCGUACACACACACACGAAUCCUCGCGAUUUCAUUCCGUGACUUCGAACAUCUACAGGGUGGGUGUAUGUGCGUGUGAUUCUCUCAGACAGGCCCAAAAAGUGUGAUGGACUUCGUGAGCAACGAAUUUCAACAAAGUCACGAGGGAAGCUUUUGUUGGAAAAAAGAAAAAAGAAAAAAGAAAAUCUGUCAAGGGGGACUUUUUUUGGUUUGUUUUGUUUGUAUAUAUCUCAGGUCUGUUAUAGAACCUUGCUGAAUGAGAGGGAGGGUUGGACACGUAAGUCAGGGCAGGUCAGGUCAGGGCUAGCAGGUCAUGCGGUACCUACAGGUACCUACAUAGGUACCUUACCUACCUUACUUGUUGCCUUACUUUUACAUGUAUAUACUGGGUAGGUAGGUAGGUGGACAGGCGAUGACGAUUCCCUUAUUUAUUGGAAAUACAUAAUAAUAUCCUACAGCCGCGAAGCGAGGAUAUCGAAUCGGGGAUGUUUG